UGCCGCCGUAAAAAUUGCGGCACCGAUGACGCUAUUUUUUAUUGGACCACGUAAGCAGUGAUGUGGCAUGGGUUGGGUUUGUUUAAUUCGAACCCGAACCUGAUGACCCGUUGCCCAAAUCGAACUCCGCGCUACCCAACGGACGAAUUCUUUCUGUCGUUUGCGUUUUUUAUUGGGUUUCUUUUUCCGUUAAUUUCUUCGCCAGAAACCCAGGAAAAAGACAACGAAGCAAUAGGGAAGCAGUUCUCUUCAUCGAUCUCCAUCCCCGGCGAACUCUCUAGCAGGAGUUCAGACGACUCCUCAGUCGUCGAUUCAAUCUGAAGGCCUACCAAACAGCUCCGUGAAAUCAUUCUCUGUUUCGUCCUACUUCAUUAAUUCGGCAAACCGAUGGCAACGAAUUCCACGUCGUCACCGUCCCUUUAUCUCCGUUGAGCAGCGCCGCCGACAUACUACCUGUCGAACCUAAUUCAACGAAGAAGAGAUUCGCCCUCGGUCCUUAUUGAAUCGUUGAACGAAGGGACUUUCCCCACCUAAUCAAAAGGCUUCCAGGUAAUUCGACGGCUGUGUAUUUGUGGAUGUAGGAGAUUUAGAGGGGUCGUUUUACUUUCCUAUGGCGUUCAAAAUAGCAUGUCGCAGAUUUUGCAAUGGAUGUUGGGUGUGUGUUUUCCCUUGUUUUUUGCUUUAAUGAGCAGUUGGGUAUCGAUGUUUUGUUCAUGUGCUUGUCUCUUUGUUUUGUUCUUUUUGGAGUGAAUGCAAGAAAUCAGUGACCAUCUGUAUUCUGUGACGAAGCAUUAUUCUUGGCCCUCUAUGCCCCAUUUGUCCUACUUACGGGUAACUUAGUAGUUGGGAGGCAUAUUAAACAUCAUCAGCACAAGGGGAAGUUUUGAGCUCGAGUUCCUCAAUUGUAUAGAAUCCCAGAAACCUCAAGUUGGAGAAGAAAUGGCGAGAAGGUAGCUAUUUAUACUCUCUCUCCCAUUCUCACUGCCGUAAUCUUAGAGCAAGCAGUAUAAGUAGCUUAUCUCAAUUUCAAAUGUCAAAGGGUACCGUAAAGCGCUGGGUGUUUAAUUUAUCCUUCAGGCUCCACAUAUUGUACAAUGAAUGAGUCCUGAAGUUCAAUAAGGUUGUGAGGUUUCUGUCUGAUUUAAUAUCCUGGUACUUCAUCAAAACAGGUUUGCGGUCAUGCAAGAGCUCAAAGUCAAAGGGUCAUUUAGUUGAUAGUUGUGUAUUCAGGCUUCAUGAGUUGAUUUUGGUGGCACUGAUCACAUGACUCAACAUUUUAUUCCUGAUUUGGGUGGGUGUUAUAUUUUGUUGUCUUCAUAAUUUAUUUUUUUGUCUUCCAUUGGGGUUGGCCCUAAAGUACAGAGCACUGAGUUUAUAGGUUAAUCCCUUAGGGUUGUAUUGCUAAUGAUCCAUAGAGUCCUUUUGCUCAACAUCUUUCAUAUGUAGAAGUUUCGCCAGCUUCUCUUUCACUUAUUUAUUAUGUCCCUACUUCUUGUGCAUGAUAUAAUCUGAACAAGUGUAAUUGUGUGAAUUUGUUAUUAAGGCAUAAUGAAGAAGUGGUUGAGAAGAUGAUACAUGCCUGGCCGGUUAACAUAGUUCGUUGGCUUGCAGGUAAUGAUGAACUAUGGUGCUUUAAGAAGAAGAACACAUGAAUUAUGAAGGACCUCUUGUUGCUAAGUCUAGCAGCGGUAAUGGAAUGCGGAUCAUUUGUUAAUGUCGAAUUUUAGUGACUGUAAAAAGUGAGUGGCACAUUUGUUAAUGCUAGAUUGCUAGUAGUGUCGUAUCUGGUAGACAGAAAGGUAGAACUCAGUCUGAAUAGUUAGCAGUGUGUUUAUGGUGCUACUUGCAGUUUGUGGAUGGUGCUUUUCUCAAUUAUGAACGCAAGACAAACAAGUUGGGAGUCGCAUCUAUUGACAUCCAGUACAAUCUAGUCAGCCAUCAUGGCCUUCAUGUUCCUCGAGAGGCUUUCUCCUCUUUGUAUCAGUACAUGCAGACGCAGUAACAUUAUUGAGAAGUCAAGUACACUAGUACCUUGAGAAUGAAGAGGUUUUCCAUACAUUAGAGCCUGCCCAACAAGAAGGAGGAGAAGGAGUUCCAAGAUGAUGACGUUUUACAUUAGAGGCUUGACCUUUGAACAAAAUGCAGUCGUGUUGUUUAGUAUGAUAGCCGUUAAUUAACAAUAGUUUUAUGUUUGUAAUAGCCCGUGUUUCGUUGACACAUGGCUAAGUUGGAUUAGUGCUGUUAAACUUAAUACAUUUGGUCGAACUGGUAUAAAAACAGAGUGCAACAACCCUUCUUCCUUGAGGGUCCGCCUUCACCAAAUCAACUCUCUCUCUCUCUCUCUCUCUCUCUCUCUCUCUCUCUCUCUCAAAAGUUCUUAGUAAAUCUGUAAAUGCAGUAACAUUAUUGAGAAGUCAAGUACACUGGUGCCUUGAGAAUAAAGAGAUUUUCCAUACAUUAGAGCCUGCGCAACAAAAUAUAUUUCUAGUCAUCCUUUCACCUACCACUAAACUCUACAAACAAAAUCACAGUUCUGAUCACUACACUCUUCUCUUGCCACUGUUGCUCCGUCCGAACUCUCGAGCUUCAUUGCUCCCACCAAGCUGUGACCUAUUCUCCAUACUCUAUUUACUCACAUCAUUUAAUCUCAAAAUCAUGAAUCGAACAUUCUUCUUACGAGCAUAGACAUGUUGUAAAGAAAAUUUUAUGUAUAGUAUGGAGUUAACAUACUGCAUACAAAAGAAGGGAAGCAUGAGGUGGUUAAUGAAAUGUAUAAUCAUCAUAUAAUAGAGAAAGCAAGUUUUGACUGAGUGUCAGUCUCCUAAAUCCAGUCAAUAAUAUAAGCUGAAGAUUAAAGGUGUCAGGUCAUUUGGUUACCAGAACCUGAAAUUGACCAAACUUGUUCUCCAUUAGUAAGGUAAUACUAAAGAUCCCUCCUAAAGUUUGACACAUAGAAUGAAGUUGCACAUCAACAGCGAUAACUUGAGAUAAACAAGCUAGUUCUCACUAGGUGUCACGUAUAAAACCCAAAUUAGGUAGUAAAUUUCAAUCUGGGAAAAACUGAAGAGUAAAAGACUACAUACAUCAUUAGCUUUUCACUGUCCUCCUUUCAUAUUACUAGUGACCUUGUUUCUAGAAAUAAAUAACCGAGAUGACAUGAGUAAACAAUAGAAGGAAAGAACCCACCUUUCCAGAAUGAAGAAAACAUUGCCUUAAACCUUAUGGCCUAGGGGGUUGACCAAAUGGAAGAUGAAAAAAUCGCCCUCAAUGAGCUCGUGUGCAGCACAAAAGGCCCUUCAUCCACAACUCAACUUUACCGUGAAGGGAAAACACUUGUCGAAUUUCAUUUAUUGUACAUAGAUUAUUACUGCGAGGUCAGGUUUGAGAUAUCCUAAAGUAGAAAUGUAGAAUGAAGACCACUUUCAUUCCUUUAUAACACACACAAAAGAACAAACAGAGAAAGAGGGUGGUUUCAGUUACCGGAGCUGGCGAUGAUGUCCAUGCCAGGAAAAUCAGACCGGAGGAAACCCAACACAUUCUUAAAACCUCCGAAGACAAGGCAGCCGUCGGUGGUGGCCAUGGGGAUGGAGUAUUCGCUGUCGUUGAGCAACAAGGGAUCAGCUAUUUCGAUGAGGAUCUGGACCUAUCCGACCGGCAUCUUGCAGACUUAUCUAAGCUUGAAUCGUAAUCGAAUCAGUUACAUUCGGAGAUAGGCGGUGAACCCAUGCAGAGCCUCGCGGCAUGUAGAGGCGACGCGCUUGCAAUUCCCCAAUUUGGCAGAAGGAGAUGGGAGCUGCGGAUUGAGGAGCUGUCGGCGCGAAGGGAUCGAUAUUGAGCAUGGUACUCGUCAUUUGUAGAGGCUGCCGGUGAUGGAACUUGAGGAAGUGUGCUUCUGAUUCGUGUGGUGGUCGAUCCCUGUUCUCUGUUUUCUGAUUCUGCCAAAAUAGCAGUUCAUGAAUUUUAAUUGAUCAAGAGACGAACAAAAACAAAGCGUUUAACGGAGAGAACUCCGUCACUCUGGUACAGGCCGUCUGGGCUAACCGAGAGUUCGGUUGGGAUUUUAUUUAAACAAAACCACUUGCACGUCGCAAUUUAUGUAGACCAAUCAGAAACGGCGUCAUUGGUGCCGCACUUUUUAGAGCGGCACCGUCGUAUUGGCCGACAAACAUUAAUCUGGAACAAAUCAAUAAGCCCGCUAAACAAUUUCAUAGAUUGCAAAGAAAGAGGAGACAGAGAAUAAAAUAACGAAACAAGUCAAAAUUUGCAUUGGAUCUCCCUGUUUAAGCGAGGUAGGGGAGAUGGCGAGUAAGGCAACCGUAACGAGAAAUCUGGCGAGAGAAUCCACGCUCAUGUAGUCGUCUAAAUUCAGCGUCGUCGUCGAAAUGAGCCCCCACUCUCCGAGUGCCUCCGCGAUGUCUGACAGUGAUGGCAGCAGGUAUCAAAGGGUUUGGUAGCUUUAAUAUAAUACAAGUAUUAUUGCCCGCGCCGCCGCGCCGGGACCUGUGGUAAAGAAGCAAACUAACUAACAACAAAUUCCGAUUUUUUGCUUUGCUUUUAUGUUCAUAAAAAAUUGAAAAGAACGAUAGAUAUAUAAUCAACCUGGUCCAAAAGCAAGACCGCAUAGAUUGCCCUAGAUUAGUGAGCUAAUAUAUUUACCAAUCAAAUUUUUCGUUGAAUAAUUAUUUGAGCCAAAGUUUAACUUUCACCGGAAACCACCAAGUUCAUGAACAAACAGUCCAUAUAUACAUACAGGCCACUAACUAUCCAAAAGUACCCCACUUUUACUGAAUGAUUACACUGCAUUUGUUCAUAAUCAAACCCAAAUAACGAUAAGACCCUGACUUUGCAACAAAGGAAACCUACACCAAGAACCACCAAGCAGAUUACCUAAAUGGACAUCACAUGGAAAAGCAAGCUUCGAACAACAGCAUCCCACACGAUGACCCAUCGAAAGCUAUCUGCACAAAGGACAAUCACCACCACGUUUAAACAGGCAAGUAGUAAUGCUUGAUGUAGAUUAAUGCUCACAAAGAAAAUAGGCUUAGCAUAGCAGGGCCUCGACUGCAACCCUUGCAGCAACAUUGAAACAUCGAAUUAGAUCAGUAAACCUUCUGUCUAUUUAGCAACAAUGCUUGACAUGAUUGCUUCUGAUGGCCCUCAAAUUGCUGCUCCAACCCUUAAUGAAAAAUGGAACAAAAA